GCAGGUAGCUGUAUCCAGCUGGGUGGCAGGUGGAUCCAAGGGUUACCAUGAAGUUUUCAGGACCCCUGGAGAGCCAGAGGUUGUCUCUCCUUCUGGAGACGGCAAUCUCUAGGGAAGCUCAAAUGUGGAAAGCACAUGUGCCGAAAAUUCAGCCCAAUCAGGAUGUAGCCAUUUCUCCAAAGCAGAGGGAUGAGGUCAUUCAGUGGCUGGCCAAGCUCAAAUACCAGUUCCACCUUUAUCCAGAAACGCUCGCCCUGGCCAUCAGCCUUUUGGACAGGUUUUUAGCUACAGUAAAGGCCCGUCCAAAGUACUUGAACUGUAUUGCAAUCAGCUGCUUCUUCCUCGCUGCAAAGACCAUUGAGGAAGAUGAGAGGAUUCCAGUACUGAAGGUAUUGGCUCGGGAUAGCUUUUGUGGUUGUUCUCCAGCUGAAAUUCGCAGAAUGGAGAAGAUUAUCCUGGAUAAACUGAACUGGGAUCUUCACAUGGCAACGCCACUGGAUUUCCUUCAUAUUUUCCACGCAGUUGCGGUGUCCAACAGGCCUCAGCUACUGACCAUCCUGCCCAAGCUGAGUCCCUCUCAGCACGUGGCGGCGCUCACCAAGCAGCUGCUGCACUGCAUGGCCUGUUACCAGCUGCUGCAGUUCAAGGGUUCCAUGCUGGCGCUGGCCAUCGUCAGCCUGGAGCUGGAGAAGCUGCUCCCCGACUGGCUGGCUCUCAUCAUCGAGCUGCUCCAGAAGGCACAGAUGGAUAGCUCGCAGCUGAUCCACUGCCGGGAGCUUGUGGCACAUCACCUUUCCACUCCGCAGUCUUCUCUGCCGCCCAAUUCUGUAUAUGUCUACAGUCCCCUCCAGCAUACCCUGGUGACCUGUAACAGAGGAGUGUUCAAAUGCCAGCCCUCCUCUGUCCCAGGGCCAGGUUUCUCCAAGGACAACGGCAGGCCAGAAGUGCCAGUCACAGGUACAGCCGCGCUCUACCAGCGUCUGCCAGCUCCCAGCGGUUGCAAGCAAGCCUCUGCCAAGCGUAAAGUGGAAGAGAUGGAAGUGGAUGACUUCUACGAUGGAAUCAAGCGUCUCUACAACGAAGACAUUGCUCCAGAGGUAGUGGCUCUUGAAAACAUGGGCUCUGUCUGUGGCGCUGACGUCUCGAGGCAGGAGGGCAACGUUUCCCCUUGUCCGCCUUUACAGCCGGUGUCUGUCAUGUAGCUGUGAGCGCACACCACGUGCUCCGGCAUAGCUACUCCAGAAACCACGCGGAACCUGGCACCCCGUGUUCUCAGUGGGGGAGAAGGGGCCAUACCUUGUCAGGCUGAACUGAAGGGAGCCAAAAAAAAACCAGAAAAAAAAAAUCCCAACCCUUUUUUGAAUUUUUUUCCUUGUGCGGCUAAUUAUAGUUCCACUAUUUAAGCACUUAAAAACACAAAAAAGUAUAAAAAUCUAAAAAAAGACCCAAAAACCCAACAAAAAAAGUAGCAAAAUAUUGUUUCUUUCUAGUGUUGUCAGUUCCACUGUUUUUCUGCUCCUGUGUAUUGUAACCCAUCCUCCAUGUCCAAGAGCUCACAUCAGUCGUGCAGAGUUGUUCCAGGUUUCCCAGCCAACUAACACCUCUCCGAUCCGAUUUCCAUCUGCUCCUUGCUCUCUUUCUGCUUGCUCCUCUUUUAAUUCUCAGCAAGUCUUGUGCAUGAUGUUCUGUACUACCCGACCUUCAUGACAGCUUUCUUUUUCCUUUCUAAAGAAAAAG